GUGCUACUAGGGGGUUUGCAGAGGUUUACUAGGGCUAUCAAGAAGUGGUGGUGUGGGCGGUGAUGUGGACGGAGGAAGAAGGGUUGUGGUGUGGGCAGUCAAAAAAUAGUGAGGCAGUCCAGAUCUGAUGACGGGCCGUCAAAGCUCCCACCACGGCAAUCACCCUUGAGACCACAGAAACACCUCUUGCACGGCCUCGAUACAUCACCCAAGCUCACAGAACAGUAAGGAGUCCCUUCUGAACUAGCCCUUGGCUCGUUCACUAAUCCCUACAGCACUGUAGUCCCGAGCAAGCACCACUGCACUCUAGCCUCACCUCCGAAAUCUGCCUCUGCCUCCUUCUCUGCUGCCACAUCCACAACAACCUAUCAACCAUGUCAAAGCAUCGAUUCACCGAGAAAAUCCUUGAGCCAGAGGAGGUCCUGCCCAAGGGCUGGUUCUUCAAGAUCCACGAAGACGUUGACCCGGAUCAGAUAGGCGCUCGGCUGAGAUAUGGCACCGACCGGGCCAUUGAGAUGAUAGACCUUCGCGGCCGGCAGAGGACCUUCAGAACGCAAGUUGGCUGGGAUAAGGAGAACGUAGCUCCGGCCAAUUCAGACGACAGUUCCUCAACCGCCUCCUCCGACACCGAUUCGAACGACGACACUGUGGGAAACGAGUGAGAGAGGGCAAUCACACACCUUUGUACUAGCAUUUCCCAUUGAGGAUACCGUCAGGUUCCGCCCCUGAACUGAUUAGAAGAAGAGCUGCCAAAUGUGUUUGUACGAGCGAUGGAAAUGGGUAUACGCACACUGUUUUUUU